GAAGCACCUGCUGUCAUCAAGUCUUACUAUGACAAAAGAAUAGUUGGAUGCCCAGGAGGUGAAGGCGAGGAUGAGCAUGAUGUAGUCUGGUUUUGGCUGGAAAAAGGCAAGCCUCAUGAAUGUCCAGUUUGCUCACAGUAUUUUGUGCUGGAAGUGGUGGGACCCGGAGGACCACCUGAUGGGCAUGGCGAUGACGACGAAGAUGAACACCAUUGAUAUCAUCGUGGAAAUUUCCGUCUGGAAUAAAUUCUGGAACGAUGGAGAGACAAUGUUUAGCAUACUUUGAAGCCUUUUAAAAAUCAUGAGGCUUUUGUGUUUUUGUUGGUUUUUUAAUUGGUCUAUACCCUCUUCGAUCUUUCAACUUUUGGGAGAGGUACUUUUCUGUGAUUAUUCAGACAUAGGCUGGUCAUUUCCUGGUGUUAUGAGGUCAGUGUUAGAUGAUCAUUUGUGCGGUGCCAAAUAAUUGAUAGCAACUCAUAUUUCCAUUCCAAAUUUUCGAACCUUCAGCCUCUUGUCACCUAAAUUACGAAAGGGGCGAAAGGGAUCGUUUAGUCGAAGAAUCAUUUUCAAGUGAAGCCGUUAGCGCAGUAAUCUUAGCAUGGAUUAUUUCUAA